AUGUCACCCAAGGCAUACUAUCUCGGUAUUGAUGUUGGCACAGGCUCUGCGCGUGCAGUAGUGAUUGAUUCUGAAGGAGCGUUCCUUGCACAAGACGUUGAACCCAUCAAGCUAUACAAUCCACGUCAUGACAUUUAUGAACAAUCGACCACUGAUAUUUGGCGUGCUAUCUGCAAAUCAUCGAGAGAGGCUGUUGCAAGUGCAAAGGUUGAGCCAUCCGAUAUCAAAGGUGUAGGCUUUGACGCUACGUGUUCGCUUGUGGUAUUGGAUAAAGAAGGGAACCCUGCAUCCGUGGAUGAAGAUUCCAAUUUUGAAAACAAUGAUUUGAACCUGAUCUUGUGGGCGGAUCAUCGUGCAGUGGAUCAAGCAGCACGUAUCAAUGCAACUCAACAUAAGGUGCUCAACUACGUGGGACGUACCAUCAGCCCUGAAAUGGAGAUCCCAAAGUCACUAUGGCUCAAGGAAAACUUACCCAAGGAAAAGUGGGAUAAUAUUGGCCACCUUAUGGAUUUACCCGAUUUUUUGACCUUCCGUGCUACUGGUUCACGUGCAAGAUCAACCUGUUCAUUGACAUGCAAGUGCAGCUAUCUACCACGCGGUGUUGGUAAUGGAUGGGAUGAAAGCUAUUUCGAAGCCAUUGGUCUUGGUGAGCUGAAGGAUGAAAAAUGGGAACGCUUGGGUGGCAUUGAAGGUGAAAAUGGCCAAGUGUUGACAGCGGGCGAUCCUGUUGGUGAUGGUCUUACGCCACAAGCGGCUGAAGAAUUGGGUCUUUUGCCUGGUACACCUGUUGGCUCCGCUGUAAUUGACGCGUAUGCAGGUGCUAUUGCAACCACAGGUGCAACAGCCAACGCUGAAGAACGCACACGUAUGCUUGAGUCACUUGAUAAGAGUUUGUUGGAGCAAGGUUCAAGCCGUGUUGCUAUUGCAUGUGGUACUUCAAGUUGUCAUAUUGCAAUGGCACCCAAGGAUAUCUAUGUGGAUGGCGUUUGGGGUCCCUAUCGGUCCGUGAUGGUACCAGACAUGUGGCAUGCAGAAGGCGGACAAUCAUCCACAGGCCAAUUAAUUGAUCACACCCUUAACACGCAUCCUGCCAUCAAUGAAGCUCGCAAGUUGGCUGAUGCUGAAGACAUGAAUGUGUACGCUUUCCUCAACCGACAUCUUGAACGCAUGCAAGAAGAGCGUGGAUUCAAACAUUUGGAAGAUUUGACCAAGCAAAUGCAUAUCUACCCCGAUUACCAUGGCAACCGUUCACCCUUGGCAGACCCCACUUUGCGUGGUAUGAUUAUUGGCGUCUCGCUUGAUCAUAGUAUCAAUGAUCUUGCCACACGCUAUUUGGCAACCCUUCAAGCCAUUUCUUGUCAGACACGCCAUAUUAUUGAAUCCCUCAAUGCACAAGGUUACAAGAUCAAUACGCUUUGCUUGUCAGGUGGUCUUUGCAAGAACCCCAUCUUUGUAAAGUUGCAUGCUGAUAUUACACGUUGUCGUGUUAUUCUACCCGAUCGUAUUGAUGCUGCCGUUGUUAUUGGUGCUGCUUUCUUGGGAGCACGUGCUGCUGAGCCAUCCACUAGUUUGUGGGAAAUUAUGGUGCGUCUUGGUCGUGCAGGACAAGUGGUCGAACCCACCUCAGAUACUGAACUUGAAGAAAUCAAUGAACGUCGUUAUCGCAUCUUCCAUGAAAUGCUCAAGGACCAGAAAAAGUAUCGUGCCAUCAUGGAAGGCUCUUGUUAG